CAAGCGUAUAUUGUUACGUACUUUGUCAACCUGUGCCGUUUCAGCCUAGCUAUAACCACUUCCUUCUCCACCGCAUUUUUGUUGCAACUGGCUUUUGUUAUGUUGUCUUCCAUCGCAAAGAGAUCUGUUCAUAAAGUCGCGCUCUCUGGAGCGCGCAGAACGAUAUCCGUCCAGAGUCUCCUCCACGGAUCACCAGAAGCGAAGAAAGCAGGAGACAUCGAGGUUCAACAGCACUCAAGGAUUGUUGCUAGGGGGAAAUAUGUUCACGGCUUCGAGGUUCACCGAGUUACUCCGGGGGCGAUUGACGAGUAUAAAGCCGCAGCGGAGAAGUACUAUGCUGGAAUAAAGGAUGCUCCAGAGUUACACGUUAAAUUGACCGGAAGUUGGGAAACUGUAGUGGGACAGCAGGACACUUUUGUUCAUAUACUUGAAUACGAGAAUUACGCCGGCUUUGACAAGACCACUGAACUCAUAAGAACAUCAGAACACGCCAAGGCGUACAAGGCGCUCCUACCUUAUGUUACUUCGCGGUCGACUCAGCUAACGCAAGAGUUUGCUUUCUUCCCCACUGCGCCACCCCACGCCCAAGGCGGCGUCUUUGAGCUUCGGAGCUACCAGUUAAAACCAGGUACACUACUUGAGUGGGAGAAUGCAUGGCGGAGAGGUAUCGAAGCUCGUCGCAAGUUCGUUGCGCCAGUAGGAGCUUGGUUUUCGCAGGUUGGAAGAUUACACCAAGUGCACCAUAUGUGGCAAUACCCGAGUCUCGAGGCAAGGAAAGAGAUGCGUGAGAAAGCAUGGCAGAUUGAUGGCUGGGCGGAGACUGUUUCCAAGACUUCCCAACUUGCGAAGCACAUGGAUUCGUUCAUCCUGCUCCCGCUCUCUUAUAGCCCUUUGAAGUGAGGGCGUAUAUAGCCGAGCGGGUGAUGUUCCGCUCCGUCUACUUGGAGCAUGCUCCUCAUCGAAUCCGAACGAAGGCUCAGGCUCCUGAUCCUUAUCUUGGGUCCGUCACGUUCUAUUUAUAUACUCCAUACUAAGGACAAGACUGUCAUUCAAGUGUAUUACCUACAAUACCUCGUCACCCAUUCCGAGUAGUUGUUUAUGCAUGAUCACUGUUGCUUGAGAGAGCCAUGAUUGAUGUGCUAUUUUUCAUUCACAGCUGACCAUCAAGGUGUCCGGGAGUCGGAGCCAUUGUUGACCAAGAAAGUCUUGAGACCGUGUGCACGUGGGUUUUGUAUGUGCAAGAAUAGAGCUACAGGAUCCAGUUUCUGGAACAAGUCAUGACAAUUAAU